UGGAAGCGCGAGCGUCGCCUCCUGCGCCGUGGAAAGAUGGCCAAGACCUGGAUCUCGAUGUACCUGCCCCCCAACAUCAACCCCGCCCAGGCUUCCAUCGCCUACGGCUCCCGGGCGCUGCCCAAGCUGAACGAGGAGCUGCAGUCCGACGACCUGCAGACCAGGCAGAAGGCCCUCAUGGCGCUGUGCGACCUCAUGCAUGACCCCGAGCACGUCUACGUGGCCAUCGACAUAGGCUGCCUGGAGAGCCUGCGGACCCUGCUGAAGGACACAAACCACGUGGUGCGGAUCAAGACCACCGAGGUGCUGUCCAUCAUGGCGACCCACAACGUGGGCAGAGACGGCUUCCUGAAGCACAACAUCAUCCUGGUGCUGUCCCACCUGCUGAAUGACCCGCAGCCGGCCUGCCGGCAGAACCUGCACCUGGCCUUCAAGCACCUGUCCCAGGUGCCCUCAGGGGCCAAGGGCAUCGUCUACAGCGGCCUGAUCCCCUCGCUGGUGCGCAAGCUGCACCGGGAGGAGGACAGCAUCCAGGCGAUCCUGCUGGACACGCUGGCCGCCUGCCUGCAGGAGGACGCCACCGAGGCGCUCAACAGCCGUGUGGUGCCCUUUCUCAAGGAGAAGCUGCUCAGCCCCAACGACACCAUCCGCUGCAAGGCCGCCCGCACGCUCAUCGCCGUCAGCAUCCCCCUGGAGGGCAAGAAGCAGAUGUGGCGGUAUGACGUCAUCCCCCUCCUGGUGCACCUGCUGCAGGACUCGGUGGAGGAGGUGAAGGCCAACGCCGCCGGCGCCCUCAUGUACGCCACCGUGACCACGGAAGGCAAGUACGCGGCCCUGGACGCGGAGGCCAUCCAGCCGCUGCUGGGCCUGCUGCUCUCGCCCCUGCAGAAGGCCCGCCUGAACGCCAUCAAGGCCCUCACCAUGCUGGCCGAGGCCCCCGAGGGCCGCAGGAUGCUGAAGGCCAACGUGCACAACUUCCGGGCCCUGGAGAGGGACCCCAGCGAGGCCGUGCAGCGGGCCGCCCGGGUGGCCAUCAAGGUCAUCGAGUGGAAGCCCUGAGCCUCCCGCGGCCGGACCUGAGUAAAUGGCCGCAUCGUC